AUGAGCGCCCCUCCUACUGAGCCGACCUCCUCAAUGAUUCUCGCGCCCAGCGCCAAAACUGAAACAAUUCAGCCUUUCAGUGUCGACGUGGUGGAUUUGACCGGUGACUCGGACAAGGACAUCACGGAUGUGGAUGCAUUGAAUACAUCCAGAGCAUCUGGGCCCAAAAUUACGACCCCUUCCGCACAAGAUAAUAAUCCGGGCAGCCAGGCGGGUGAUCUCACCGGCAUGGCUCCUGCGGGCGCAGGCACCCCCAGCCCGGUGGUCAAGCGGGAGCGAAGUUUGACCCCCAAACCCUCAGUUGUCCAGCGCGCCAACAGCGCCGACAGCACCGACAGCACCCGGACUGAGCGUGCGUCCCCACCACCGCCGGAUCAGGUCCUAUCAGAGCGCUCAGGAUCAGGGCGUCUUUACAUCCGACAGAUGCGCAGCGCCGUGGGGACAGACUACUGGAGCAUGACGUUCAUGGGGGAGCUCAUGUUCAGCCGCAGUGAGGAUGAAGCUGUUUCACCUCCUCGCGGGAAGAGACGGCGGACCUGA